AACAAACAGACAAAAUACUUCCGUGACUGGGAUCGGGGGCAACAGGCGGCAACCUACCAUGGGCAGGUGGCCUCGGGCAAACAGGCGGCAACCUACCACUGGGCAGGGGCCUCGGGGACUCAACGGGACUCUAGCCAUGGAGUCUGGCCUCAGCACAGCUUCCCACCCAGCUUUCUAGGGGACAUUGGGUUCACAGGGACUCAACAGGUGAGUGAUGGCUCAAUCGAGCACCUCAGGGGCACCACAGGUAGCUAUACUCCGGCAUGCCAUCAGGACACGGGUGGUCAGUGCACACAACAGGGACAGUACCAGGACAUGGGUGUGUCAGUGCGCACAGCGGGGACAGUACAGGACACGGGUGUUCAGUGCGCACAGCGGGGACAGUUCAGGACACGGGUUGGUCAUGUGCGCACAGCGGGGACAGUACAGGACACGGGUGGUCAGUGCGCACACAGCGGGGACAGUACAGGACACGGUGUGGUCAGUGCGCACAGCGGGGACAGGACACGGGUGGUCAGUGCGCACAGCGGGGGGACAGGACAGCGGGUGGUCAGUGCGCACAGCGGGGACAGGACACGGGUGGUCAGUGCGCACGGAGCGGGGACAGGACACGGGUGGUCAGUGCGCACAGCGGGGACAGGACAC